AUGGCCCAUUUCCAUAACAACUGUAAAAUGAAUGAUGAAGUAGAGUUUGUACGAACUGGCUAUGGGAAGGAUAUGGUAAAAGUUCUCCAUAUUCAACGAGAUGGAAAUUAUCACAGCAUUAAAGAGGUGACAACUUCGGUGCAACUGACUCUGAGGUCCAAGAAAGAUUAUAUGCAUGGAGAUAACUCAGACAUCAUCCCUACAGACACCAUCAAGAACACAGUGCAUGUCUUGGCAAAGUUCAAGGGGAUAAAAUGCAUAGAAAACUUUGCUGUGAACAUUUGUGAGCAUUUUCUUUCUUCUUUUAACCAUGUCAUUCGAGCUCAUGUCUAUGUGGAAGAAGUCCCGUGGAGGCGUUUUGAGAAGAAUGGUGUCAAGCAUGUCCACGCAUUUAUUCACACGCCCACUGGAACCCACUUCUGCGAGGUUGAACAGAUGAGGAAUGGGCCUCCAGUCAUCCAUUCUGGAAUCAAAGACCUCAAGGUCUUGAAAACAACCCAGUCUGGAUUUGAAGGAUUCAUCAAGGACCAGUUCACCACCCUCCCUGAAGUGAAGGACCGGUGUUUUGCCACCCAAGUGUACUGCAAAUGGCGCUAUCACCAGAACAAAGAUGUGGACUUUGAGGCUACUUGGGACACGGUGCGGAACAUUGUUCUAGAGAAAUUUGCUGGUCCCUUUGACAAAGGUGAAUACUCUCCUUCUGUGCAGAAGACCCUCUAUGACAUACAGGUGCUCUCCCUGAGCCAGAUUCCUGAGAUCGAAGAUAUGGAAAUCAGCCUGCCAAACAUUCACUACUUUAACAUAGACAUGUCCAAAAUGGGACUGAUUAACAAGGAAGAGGUCUUGCUGCCUUUGGACAAUCCAUACGGCAAAAUUACUGGAACAGUCAAGAGGAAGAUGGCUUCAAGGCUGUGACAAUGUGGC